CAAGCUCCCUCUCUGACCUUGAGUCACUAGUACUGGCAUUCCUUUGAAGAGACAAGUCUGAGAUUGGCAGGGACAGCUGUGCCCAGCAGUGGGGGCUGGGGCUAAAUCUGGGAGUCUCACACAACCAAGGCGUAUGCAUUUACACUGACAAGCUAGGUACCUCUAUGUUAUCUUAUCACAGUUCUUAUGCUUGUUCAGUUGCAAGUCAUUAUCACAAGCUUCCUUUGGGAAAUCUAUAUCUCCUGGUUGGAUUUAACACCUGUCCAUUCACCUUUAUACAUCCGGCAGCUCAAAUUCUUGGGAAGUUAUGGACCACUGGUUACUGUAACCUCAGCCUUUCAUCUGGAUUUAACGUGGCAGCUCGCUGUUUUUGGGUGUAUAAGAUUUUAUGAACCUUCUAGGUUCAGGAAUGGGUCAGGACCAAACCAAACAGCAGAUCCAAAAAGGACUUCAGCUGUACCAGUCUAAUCAGACAGAAAAGGCUUUACAGGUGUGGACUAAGGUUUUGGAGAAGACCACUGAUGCCACUGGCAGGUUUCGGGUCCUUGGAUGCCUGAUAACAGCUCAUUCUGAGAUGGGAAGGUAUAAGGACAUGUUGAAGUUUGCAGUGAUCCAGAUUGACACGGCCCGAGAACUGGAGGACCAGGACUUUUUAACGGAGAGUUAUCUUAACCUGGCCCGUAGCAAUGAGAAAUUGUGUGAGUUCCAGAAGACCAUUUCCUACUGCAAGACCUGUCUGAACAUGCAGGGAACAUCUGUCAGCUUACAACUGAAUGGACAGGUGUCGCUAAGCCUGGGGAAUGCCUACCUUGGCCUCAGCGUGUUCCAGAAGGCCCUGGAAUGCUUUGAGAAAGCUCUAAGAUAUGCCCAUAACAAUGAUGACAAGAUGUUGGAGUGCAGAGUCUGCUGCAGCCUUGGAGGUCUUUACACACAGCUCAAGGACUUUGAGAAGGCCCUUUUCUUUCCAUGUAAAGCAGCUGAACUGGUCAAUGACUACGGGAAAGGCUGGAGUCUCAAAUACCGAGCCAUGAGCCAAUACCACAUGGCUGUUGCAUACCGUAAACUUGGCCGCUUAACAGAUGCAAUGGAGUGUUGUGAGGAGUCUAUGAAGAUAGCACUACAACAUGGGGACCGACCACUUCAAGCACUUUGUCUUCUGUGCUUCGCCGACAUCCACAGGAGUCAUGGAGACAUUGAGAAAGCAUUUCCUCGAUACGACUCCUCCAUGAGCAUCAUGACAGAGAUUGGAAACCGGCUGGGUCAAACUCAAGUGCUGCUGGGAGUUGCCAAGUGUUGGCUGCACCAAAAAGAAAUGGACAAGGCAUUGGACGGGCUCCAGAAAACCCAGGAGUUGGCAGAAGAAAUAGGCAAUAAGCUCUCUCUCUUGAAGGUUCACUGUCUGAGUGAGAUUGUCUAUCGUACAAGACAGCAACAACGGGAACUACGAGCACAUGUUGUCCGAUUCCAUGAAUGUGUGGAAGAAAUGGAGCUGUAUUGUGGAAUGUGUGGGGAGUCCAUUGGGGAAAAGAACUAUCAGCUUCAGGCGUUGCCCUGUUCACAUGUCUUCCAUCUUCGGUGUCUCCAAACCAAUGGAUCUCGUGGCUGUCCUAACUGUCGCCGAUCUUCUGUGAAACCUGGUUUUGUGUGAGAGAAAGAAAAAGGGGAAUGAGAUGGAAUGAACAGAAUAUUGACCUGUUUUCUAGGACCAGUUGACAAAAAGAGCUGUUCAGCAAAUGUUUUUAUUGGCAGUAUUGGUUGGUGUCUAAACAUGUGGUCUAGGACUAUGUGGUAAUAUUGGCACCAUUGUGACUAGCAUUUGUCAUGCAAGACAUGUUACACGAAAAAACGGUCAGAAAGCCUUGCAAAAUGUUUUUCAUGAUUUUUUUAAGUCUAUUUUUUACUUUACUUAAAGGCAGACUAAUAUCCUAUGUACUGGACAGGAAAAGUUAGAUAAGUGUUUUUAUAACCAUUGCUUCCCAAGUCUAAAAAAUCAUGUUAUUUAUUUGUGGUGGAGGUUUUUCUCUAGCUAAACAAAAGUCCUCGUAUGAUAAGUAUAGCCCUGCAUGGUAAGACCCAGCAUGACCUAUAUAUCAAAGCUUGGCAUGAACCAGCAUGACCUGUAUGGUGCACCCUAUUGAGAGGCAAUAAUACGUGGCUGGCACACCACCCUGCGAGGCAACAUCACCUAUAUGUCAUACCAUCCUGAAAGGCAACAUGAACUUAUGGCACACCAUCCUGACAGCCAACCUGACCUAUAUGGCACACCAUCCUGACAGCCAACCUGACCUAUAUGGCACACCAUCCUGACAGCCAACCUGACCUAUAUGGCACACCAUCCUGAGAGCCUACUUGACCUGUAUAGCACGCCAUCCUAAAAGGCAACAUGACCUGCGAGGCACAUCAUCCUGGCAGCCAACUUGAUCUACAUGGCACACCAUUCUGAGAGCCUACACCUUCCUAUAAGCCAAAUGACCCUUAUGGGACACCAUAUUUAUAGCCAAAAUGACUCUUAAUGCUCACCAGCCUGAUGGCCAGCAUGUGUGGCACACCAUGGUGGUACCUUUGGAUAGUCAGCUUGGUAUGCAAUAAUUUGUUUAAACUUUCUGUACUUAGAAAGCUAUAACUCUUUAUAGUGUUAUCUCAUAGAGAUUGACAUAUCUUGAGUUUGAUAUAAUUUUAUUUAUUGACAUCUAUUGCAAGUGUGUGGAGCAACAAAGAACCAAAAAUGUAUGAAAUGGAAUUGUUGGUGCUGUGUAUACUAGUAAAUCUAUUUAUGGCCACAUCCAUGGGAAAUCUAAAAUGUAGAGGACAUAUUUGUUUAUCUCUAUAUUAUUCCUUUUCUCUAUGGGGUUUAAGGACGUUGUUUUAUUGCCUUCACAAGUAUUACUGUGAGGAUGUUCCAUGUAUCUGCAUCUCUUUCACUGAAGAAGGGGAUUAUAUUUUCCAUGAACCUACCUCCCUCUGUAUAUACAGUAUGACUUGUCUUGUUCUGAUUUCUCUGUACGGUCUUUCCCCUCUUGUAAAAUAUGACCAUUUAUUCAUUAUUUUAUUUUUUUUAUCUGUUCACUUGAAGGGUGUUCCACCACAAGACAAUAAACUUUUCACCCAAUGGA